AUGGCCGGGCCGGGCCCCCCCGGGCCCCGCCGGGGCUCGGCCAAGGGCUGGGGGCUGCGCCUCGCCCUCCUGGGGGUCCUGCUGGGGCUCCCCCCGCGGGGCCGGGCGGGGCCGGCAGGGCCGCUGUCCCACGGAGAACGGGUCACCCCACACUGGCUCCUGGGGGGCCGUGCCCGGAGAGCCGUCAGCCUGCAGGAGCAGGUGCCGGCACCUGCCCGGGCAGAGGUGGCUGUGACGGCCGAGGGCAAAGAGCUCGUGCUGGUGCUGGAGAGGAACCAGCUGCUGGCUCCGGGCUACACGGAGACGCACUACAGCGAGCAGGGACAGCCCGUGACGGUGACCCCCAACCACACGGAGCACUGUCACUACCACGGCCACGUCCGCGGCCACCGCCGCUCCUGGGUCGUGCUCAGCACCUGCUCGGGAAUACGGGGCCUCAUAGUGCUGAGCAGCAACACCAGCUACUACCUGAGCCCCCUGGGGACCCCUGAGCCAGGCCUCCACCUCAUCCACCGAGCAGAGCACCUGCCCAUGCCGGGGGGCACCUGUGGGCACGGCCAGGACCUGGGCAGCACCAUCGCUGGCAUCGCCCAGCUCUUCCAGCCUCAGCACCCACGGGCCAGGAGGGAUGCCUGGAGGACCAUGAAGUACAUGGAGCUCUUCAUCGUUGCUGAUCACACCCUGUACAGGAACCAGGACCUCAACCUGGGCCGCACCAAGCAGCGCAUCGUGGAGAUCGCAAACUACGUGGACAAGUUUUACAGGCUGCUGAACAUCAAGGUGGCCCUGAUCGGGCUGGAGGUGUGGACGGAGCGGGACCAGUGCGCGGUGAGCAGCGACGCCAACGCCACGCUCUGGGCCUUCCUGCAGUGGAAGAAGUCGCUGAGGGCGCGCAAGAAGCACGACAACGCCCAGCUGCUGACAGGGAAGACCUUCGGGGGCACCACCAUCGGAAUGGCCCCGCUGGAGGGGAUGUGCAGCGCCGAUAACUCCGGAGGGGUCAGCGUGGACCACGCGGAGCAGCCCAUCGGAGCCGCCGCCACCAUGGCCCACGAGAUCGGCCACAACUUCGGCAUGGUCCACGACACCAAGGGCUGCUGCGUGGAGGCCACCCCCGAGCAGGGCGGCUGUGUCAUGGCAGCAGCCACGGGGCACCCCUUCCCCCGCGUGUUCAGCUCCUGCAGCAAGAGGCAGCUGGAGAGCUACUUCCAGAAGGGAGGGGGAAUGUGCCUCUUCAACCUGCCCGACACCAAGGACCUGGUGGUGGCACGGAAAUGUGGCAACGGCUUCCGGGAGGAGGGAGAGGACUGCGACUGCGGGGAGGUGGAGGAAUGCACCAACCCCUGCUGCAACGCUCACAACUGCACGCUCAAGGAGGGGGCCCAGUGUGCCCACGGCGACUGCUGCCACAGCUGCAAGCUGAAGGUGGCCGGGACCAUGUGCCGGGAAGCCGCGGGCUCCUGUGACCUGCCGGAAUUCUGCACGGGCGCCUCCCCGUACUGCCCGGCCAACGUGUACCUGCUGGACGGCUCCUCGUGCGCCCGCGGCGAGGCCUACUGCAGCAACGGCAUGUGCAUGACCCACCAGCAGCAGUGCGUGCAGCUCUGGGGGCCAGGAGCGUGGCCGGCGCCCGACGCCUGUUUCCAGGACGUGAACAUGGCAGGGAACACCUACGGCAACUGCGGCAAGGACAGCCAGGGCCGCUACGUCAAGUGUGACAAGAGGGAUGCCAUGUGUGGGAAGAUCCAGUGCCAGAGCUCUGCCAAGAAGCCGCAGGGCACCAACACGGUGUCCAUCGACACCACGAUCCGCUUCAAGGGCCGUGAGGUCAAGUGCCGGGGCACCUUCGUCUACAGCGCCAAGGACGACCAGGAGGACCUGUCCGACCCCGGGCUGGUCCUGACGGGCACCAAGUGCGGGGAUGGCAUGGUGUGCAAGGACCGGCGGUGCCAGAACGCGUCCCUGUUUGAGCUGGAGAAGUGCGUGUCCCGCUGCCACGGGCACGGGGUGUGCAACAGCAACAAGAACUGUCACUGUGAGCCCGGCUGGGCCCCCCCGUUCUGCGAGAAGCCGGGCCUGGGUGGCAGCGUGGACAGUGGCCCCGUGCAGAGCCACAACCACGAGUCCAUCGUGAUCGCCCUCGUCGUCAUCUUCCUGUUCCUGCUGCCCGCCCUGGCGCUGAGCAUCUACUACUGGUACCGGCAGGAGAACUCCCUGCUCGGCAGGUGCAUCGAGGAGACCAGGCUCAGGGGGGCCUGCAGCAGGAACAAAUCCAUGGGUCGGAAAUCGAGCAGUGCCCAUCCCAAAGCAGCCUUCACCCUGAGGAACAUUUCAGCCUCCAGCCACCCCACUAAGCAGGGCCCACGGAGCGCGUUCCUCCCCAAACCCGGCGCCGCCCCGCCCGGCUCUCAGCCCGUCAACGUCGUGCACCCCCUUCGCCCGGCUCCCCACUCCGUCCCCCCCUGCCCCAGGGACCCCAAACCCGCCAGGCCCCCUCCCCCAGCCAGCAAAUCACCCCUGGUCCCCACCAAAGCCGGCGCCUCCCAGGCCAAGCUCCCUCCUCCGAAGAAACCUCUUCCCUGCAGCCCCGUGAGGAGCCCCCAGGUGGUCCCAAAGCACCAGCCCCCGCGCCGGCCGCUGCCGGGGAGUCCCCUCCUGGCCAAGGAGCUGCCCCCUGCCCACGGACAGACCCUGCUGGUCAUGGUCCCUCCUACCAACCUCAGCGUGGCGGGGACGAGUGGCUCGAGCCACCCCACGAGGCCGUUCAAACCGAUGCCACCUCAGAGGCCAGUCCCAGCCAUCAAAGUCCAAUCCACCUCCUUCUCCUCAAAGAAGUGACAAUCCCAGGACACCUGACGCACCCUCCCCGAGCUGGCUCUCCUGAUUUGCACUGCUGUGGCCACAGGGCUCUCCCGUUCCUCUUCUUUUAGUGACCCUUUUGAUACCAGAGGACUAUUUUUGUAAGACAGAAUUUGUAUUCAGCACACAGACUGUAGUGGUGGGGUGCAGAGGGGACAUUGGUACCACGCCUGGACCAGGGGCUGGUUGGAGGUGGGGCUUCCAUGACGGCGAUCCCACCACAGCUCCUGCCCGAUUUCCCUCCCAGCUUUAGUUCUUCUGACAUUGCACACGGGCUGGGAGGGGUGCCUGGGGGAAGUGAACGUCCCCACCGACGGAAGAUGCUGGUGACAGCGUGAUGUCCUUGCAGCUACCUCUUCCUCCUCCUCCUCCUCCUCCUCCAGGCCUGCGGGCCCCCAGCCGCUGCCGCCGCAGCUCCUCGCUGGGCAUCGUCCCGGGGGGACGUCUGCCAGGCCAGAAACCCGGUGCCCAGUUUGGGCUGGGCCACGCGGUGCUGGGACAUUUCCACGAAGGAUCCAAGUUCUCAGGCUCCUCCUGACCUCCUGUCCCAUUGCACACGGAAAAGCGGUGACGAUCCUGGGGUCACCUGGAAGGAGAGACUGUCUGGGAACGUUUGAAUGCCCCAAGUGCCGGUGGCAGCAGCUUCCCAGGGUGCUUUUGAGGGGCUCGGGAGCCCUCACAACGUUGCUGUUCCCUGCUCCUGGGCCGAGCCCAGCAGAGGCUCCGGGAGCCGCUCAUGCUCCAAGGGGAAGGAGCCAGGAGCGGGAACAAGAGCAGGAAAACUCCUGCCCGUGCCACUGGCUUGUCCCAAGCCUUGGCCAAGCCACUGCAUUUCUCUGUGCCUCAGUCCCCCGUCGGGGGUGUUUCCUACCUCACAGGGCUGUUGUGAGGUUUGACAAAGGGAUUCUUGGCAGGGCCUCCAACCCUCCGUCCAAGGUGCUGUUGACCUGCACAGUUUGUGCCACUUUCCUGUGACUUGACCUGCGGCUCGAUCAGGGUCUGAGAUGACAACAAAGACUUUGAAAAGUC